GGCAAAAAUGUCAACAAACCGCAUUUGAGUCCGUGCCGCGCACAUGUAUUUCGGUUCCACCUGGUUUUCGGUUAAAGUUUCAUUAGAAAAUAGUUGAAAAAAUAAGUGAUAACGAAUAAAGUUGUUUUAACUUGCGUUGUCUAAACAAACUCCACCGAAAUGGCCAUCGACGUGGCGAAGAAGGCCGGUAAAAAGCGCAAAUCCGAGCCGCAGGGAAAAACGCUCAAGGAACCAGUUCCGGAACCGGACGUCGCUCAGCAGAAACCACAAAACAAGAAGAUUGUCUUCACGGACGAUGGCGAACAGCGCGAGGUGCAGGUGGACGGCGAGAAUAAGCAAAAGAAGGACAAGAAAAAGCAGCGCAAGCAGGGGGGAACCGGCGGCGUCGGAACGAACGUGGACGAGCUGGAAAAGCGGUGGUACGAGCACUUUGACGGGUAUAAUACGGUGGGGGAGUUGGUUGAGCUGAAGGACGGGGAGAUUGCCGAGCUAAGGAAGCUGUGCCGGGUGGCGUUCGAGGCCGAGUGCCGGAACUUGCAGAAGAACAAUCCUUCGGACGCGAAGUGGUUGAUGACGGCGCUGGAGAAGGGUACUUCGCGGGAUCGGGCCAAUGCAGGGGCGUUGCUGGUGCAGACCAACCCGUUGUGUAAUUUGGCGGCACUGGAGGCUGUGGUGGGAAUGGUCAAGCUGUCGAAUAAGGGUCAUUUGGAUGUGGUCGAGGUCGUGUCGGAGCUGAUGUUGAACUCGAUCAUGCCGGCGUUCCGAAAGCUGGUUGCGAUUCCGUUGAGGGGAGCGGAUUGGAAGAACGUUAAGAAGCAGGAGCUGGGGAAGGAGCUGCGGGAUCGGAUUUACGCGUAUUGGCACUUUGAGGACGCGCUGCGGGAUAUUUACUUUUCGUUUUUGAACAAUUUGUCCGCGUUGAUCCAGACCGGGCAGGACAACAGCAAGAUGAAGGUCGUUCAGUAUGCGUCGAAGCUGUUUACGAUGGUUCCGGAGAAGGAGGCGUAUCUGUUGUCGAUGCUGGUCAACAAGCUGGGAGAUCCGGGGAAGAAGGUGGCCGUGAAGGCACUUUACCACUUGACUGAGGUCGUUAAAAAGCACUCGGCCAUGUGUCCGGUGAUUGUGACCGAAACGGAGAAGCUCCUGUUCCGUAACAACAUCUCGCCGAGUGCGCAGCAUUACGCGCUGACCUUCCUGGCCGCGAUCAGCAAGUACGGAGAUUUCACGUCCUGUGAGAAGAUGAUCAACGUUUGCUUCUCGUUCUUCAAGAUUCUCACCGAAAAGGGUGAGGUGAAUUCGAGGACUAUGCAGGCGAUCCUAGCCUGUCUCCGAAAGGCCAUCGCAAACGUCAAACGAGACGUUGAUCUGGCGAAUUUUAUCAAACCGGAGAUUCUGAAUACGGUCUAUCGGUUGAUUCAUCUCGCGGAUAUUUCGAUCGCUUGCCAGGGUCUUUCUCUCCUGUUGGAAAUCACCGAAUCCAAGGGCGCUGAGCAGAACCGGUUCUACAACGCCCUGUACCGUAAGCUGCUCGACCCACAGCUGGCCACGAUCGGUCCCCGCAUCAGCAACGUCUUCUUCUACAUCAUCCAUCGCGCCAUCCAGAACGACCCCAUCCCGGACCGUGCCCAGGCCUUCAUCAAACGCUUGCUCCAGGUGGCGUUCUACUUCCCACCGGCGCGUGUCUGUGGUGUACUCAUCGUCAUCAGCAAGGUCCUGCGGAAGCGCAAACAUCUCACUCAGGACGGACAAACCCCGGAAGAAGAAGGCGACGACGUUCUCGCACAAUCGCCCGAAGACGCCGGUGACAACGACGCAGAAGAGCCCAAGGUCAAGACGGAAAACAACCGCCGCGUGACGCGCUACGACCCGUUCCACCGCUCGUCGGAGCAUGCCGGCGCCCGGUACACCGUCAAGUACGAGCUGGCCCGCUACCUCGAGUACUUCCACCCGACGGUGCAGAACUUUGCGCAGGCCAUCAUCAACAACGCACCGCUCAGCUAUUACGGUGACCCGUUGCGGGACUUUUCGCUGGGCCACUUCCUGGACCGGUUCGCGUUCAAGAACCCGAAGAAGCCCAAGACGGAGGAGGGCGAGGGCGGCGAGCAGGUGCCGAAGCGGAAGAUUAUCGGGGUGGCGCAGCGGAAGGGUGACUACGUGCCGAGCGGAUCGCGCGGGCUGCCGGUGCACGCCCUCACCAAGGAUCACUGCACCGAAGACGAGCGGUACAUCUUCAGAUUCCUCGAGGAAAAACGCGAACGGCUGCGCGAGGCCAAGGAGCGCUCGGCCGCCAAGAAGGCCGCCUCCGGUGACGGUGACGACGUUCAGGACGACGUGUCCGACGCGGAAUCGCUGGACGACGACGAGUUCGAUUCGUACCUGGAUCGGCUGGGCGUGCCGGGCGGUGGGGACGACAACGCGGCCGAUUUGGACAACGAGGUGGACUUUAUGAACGAGUUCGAGCACGAUCUGGCCAAGAAGCGCGAGAAGAAGAAGAAGGGUGGCAAGAAGGGUGGGGAGGAAGAUGGGGAGGAGGAUGAGGAGAGCGAUCUGGGCGAUUGGGAUGAUGUGCAGGAGGACGACGACGAUGACGGCGAGGAUGGCCUGGACGAUGAUGAUGAGUUCAGUGAUGGUGGCAGCAUUUCACUGGAUGAAGAUGGCAGCGACGGCGAGGAGGAGGAAGACGACGAGGAUGCGCCACCAAAGUCCAAGAAGAAGAAACGCUCCUCGGAGGACGGCGGAAUGAACGAUCGCGAGUUCCAGCGCAAGCUCAAAUCGAACGACUUCAACUCGCUGUUUGCCGCGGCGGAUGACUUCUCCGAGAUGCUGGAGCAGAACGUUGAGAAGGGCAAGGGCAAGAAGGCAAAGUCGGCCCACGGCACGGACGGCGAAGUGUUCAACACGGAUAACGCUUCGGCGAAGCAGAUGGACUGGGAGGAGCGAAGGUUUAGCGGGAAGAAUCGUAUGCAGAGCACCGGCAAGAAGCGGUUUGUGGCGAAGAAGCAUGGUUCGUCGGGGGGAAAGUUUAAGGGUGCCGGAGGCGGUGGCCAGAAGAAGUCCUUUGGCAAGAAGGGCGGUGCAAAAAAGUUUGCAGGUAAGCGAAGAAAGUGAGCUUUGAGGUUUCUGUUAAUUUGAAUACACGUUUAUUCUAUCGA